CUGGUAAUCUCAAAUAUGAGUAAAUUGGAUAAAGAUCCUUUAGAAAUAGUCAUAUCUUAUUUUGACCGCAUAUUGGAUGCUGAGUCAACCAAUGUGUACGCCUUAUUAAUGCGUGGAAUAGCCUUCAAAGCGCUCAAGCGUUAUGACAAAUCCUUGACGGAUUUAACCAGAGCAUUGAAAUUAGCACCUAUGAAUAACAUUGUGCUGACCGCACGAGCAGAAUCUUACUUCAUGCUUGACUGUUACGAAGAAUCACUUGAGGACAUAGAAAAGGUGUUGACUAUUGACUCCAAAAGUGCUAUAGCGUAUGGUAUUAGCUGGAAGGCCAACUAUUUGUUGGGAUUCCUCGAGAAAGCUAUUGAAGACCUUAACAAAUUAUUGGAAAUUAAUCCAACCGAUAAAUCAUCUUAUAGAUGUCGUGGGGAAAUUUAUUGGAUGAUGGGAAGAUAUGAAAAGUCAAUUGAUGAUAUUUAUCACGGACUCGAGUCGGCAAAGGGGUGCAAAGAAGUAUUCGAUGAUUUGGGAAAGCUAAAAAAUAUCAAGCAAAACGAUAAUUAUGCAUUGAAGGCCUUUACGAAGAAAUGCUUUCUACUUCACGUAUUCAAAUCGAUAGGAUAUUACGGGGGUGCGCUCGAAGAUUUAAGUCAAUCUUUGAUAAUGGAUCCCAAUGAUGAAAUUGCACUAAAGGGACGUGCAGAAACUUACAUUAAGCUUGAAAAAUACGAAGAGGCGAUCUCUGACUUAGAUGCAUUGUUAAGAGUCAUGCCGACUUGUGCGACAGUGUUUAAGAUGCGCGGAUUAGCUUAUCGAUUUAUGAAAAGGUACGACGAGUCUCUUGAAAAUUUAUAUAAAUAUUUAGAGAUUGAGCCAAAUAAUUUACGCGCGUUAAAAAUUCGCGCGGAAGUUUAUCGGUUGAUGGAAAGAUACGAGGAAUCGCUGGUUGACCUAAAUAAAUAUCUAGAAAUUCACAAUGAUAAUGUGGAAGCGUUAAGAGAACGCGGAGAAAUUUACAAAUUAAUGGAAAGAUAUGAUGAGUCGCUUUCAGACUUUGCUGCAUUAUUAAAGAUUAAACCCGCAGACGAGUUGGCUCUUCGGGAACGUGUAUCGAUUUUCUUCCAAACUGAGAGAAGAGAGGAAGCCCUCCCUGACUUGAAUAAAUUAUUAAAGGAAGAACCAGAUGAUUGCUCGUUAUUGUUUUUCCGUGGUAUCAUUUUUCAGUCUAUGGGAAGAUUUGAACAAUCGCUCUCGGACUUAAACAAAGUACUUGAAAUCACCCCAAACGAUACUGACGCAUCUCAUAUUCGUAGCGCAUCGCAUUGUCUAGUGGGGAAUUACAAAAGGUCACUUGAAGAUUUUAAUAAAUCAUUAAAUAUCAGAUCCAAUGAUUCAUGGAUUUUACGAAUUCAGGAAGAAACUUUUCGUGCGAUGAAUGGCUAUAAGGAAUUUCUCGCGGGGUUGGACAAAACAUUCGAAAAUCAUUCAAAUGAUAUGACCUUAUUGGGGACACGCGGAGUGACUUAUUUAAUAAUGGGAAUGUACGAAAAGUCACUUGAGGACUUUGACAGAUUAUUAGAGGUCGAACAUGAAGAUGCGCUUAUCUUACGAAAUCGCGGAGAAGUUCAUCGCAUGAUGGGAGAUUAUAACAAAUCACUUGCGGAUUUAUAUAAAUCUCUGGAAAUUAAGCCAAACGAUGCGUUCAUAUUACGAAGCCUCGGAGAAACAUAUCGCAUGAUGGAAAAUUACAAAGAAUCUAUUUCGAAUCUAAGUCAAUCGUUAAAAAUCGAACCAAAUAAUCGUUUUGCCUUGUUGUUACGUGCUGAGUCUUACCUAAUGUCAGAAAAAUAUGACGAAUCAUUAGUAGACUUGAACAAAUUGUUAGAAAUAGAGCCAAAUUAUUUGUUUGCUUUGUUAUUACGUGCAGAAGCUUUUUUGGCGAUGGAACAGUAUGAAAAGUCUCUGUCUGAUUUAAACAGGCUGUUGAAGAUCAAUCAAAAUGACGAAUUCGCCCUGAUACUACGUUCUGAGGUCUGCAUGACAAUAGGAAAAUACAAGCAAUCAUUAUUAGACCUGAAUAAAAUCAUUGAAAUGGAACCAACUCUUGCAUCGAGACUAAAGAAAUGCAAAGAAAUUCUCGUGGAAACAUGCAAGCCUGACGAGUCUCUAAACAUAGAACAAAAUGAUGACCAAGAGUCGCUAAUGCUCGACGAAAUCCAUUUAAUUGACAAAUACCAAGCAUCACUUGAGGAUCUGAUGAAAUUAUUAGAAACAGAUCCUAAUAAUGUGUUCGAUUUGAGGAUGCGUGGUGCGAUAUAUUUAUUGAUGGGAAAGCAAGAACAGUCACUUACAGACCUCAAUAAAUCAUUAAGUCUAGAGCCUGGAAACGUGUUUGCACUGCAAAUUCGUGGUAAUAUUUAUUUCAAGAUGGAAAAAUAUAAAGAGUCAUUUAUUGAUUUCAAUAAAUCAUUGGAGAUCGAUCCAAAUAAUACGUUCGCAUUACGUAACCAUGUAGAAGCUCGUUUUUUAAUGGGAAGAUAUAAAGAGACAUUUGGAGAUUUGAAACGAUCCCUAGAGGUUGAUCCACAUGAUACGUGGACAUUAGAGAUGCAAGAAAUGGUGAACGUCUGUCUUUAUUUGGAAAAUGUGUCCAAAGAACAUAAAACAAAGGAAAAGUCGUUCGUGGACGUGCAAUGUGUGGAAUUUGAUAUCGCGCUGGCAUCAGUGCUAAGAAAUCGCGGUGAAUCUCGCCGACUAGAGAAUAGAUAUGAAGAUUCUCUUAAAGAUUUAAAUGAAUCACUGAAGAUUAAUCCAAACGACGCAUGGGCAUUAAAAAGCCGUGGGGAGGCUUACUUUAUGAUGGGAAAAUAUGAAGAGUCACUUAUAGAUUUUAAUAGGUCAUUAGAAAUCGAACCUGAUGAUCUAUCAACGUUGAAGUAUCGUACAGAGAUUUAUUUCAAAAUUGGUAAAUGUGAAGAGUUUCUCCUUGAAAUAAGAAAAUUAUUAGAAACAAAAUCAAUGGAAUCGCCCAUAUUCGCAAUGCUAAGCAUUUCUUCGAAGGUCUUGCAAAAAUCAAAACCCCCCGAUUCAUUCCCAUCAUCGGACUUAUACAAUUUUAAGUUACAUCUUGAAGAUGCUGAGACGUUGUUGAAACUUUUUUUUGGACGUUAUUUUGUACAAUUCUCCGCAGCUGUUUAUUACGAUAUUCCUCCUGGAUUAAAUAAAGAAGCAUUGAGAUUUAUCAUCGAUGAUGGAAAAGCAUUGUGGACGGCAGAAAUUCAGGAUCUCAGAUCUGUCAAGCUAGCGAUUCUUCGAUUUAUUAACUCCCCGGUGAUAUUUCCUGAUUCGUUAUCAAAUGGCAUUUGCUCGAUCAGAUUUUCAAUACUAUUGGUCGCCACCUGUGAUCCUUUAGACGAAGUGGUCAAAAUUAGCAGCGAAUGCCUUAAGAAAAUGAAAAAAUUGAAUUGGGAGGCGAAAGAGAUGGUAGAUCGUUUGUAUUCGUUAUAUCGAGGAAUUGACUUACCGUUUCGACAUGAAUCGUAUCGUCGGCCGGCAUCACCGGUCCUUAAAUCCAAAAUACUGCUUUAUCUUAGCAUGUCUAAACCGGCAGCAAAUGCAUUUCCAGAAAUGUUACAAGUAUUGCUUGACUGUCUUUAUGGUCCCGCGGCGAAUCAACUGUUGCAGAAUCGAGGAAUGGAUUUCAUUCACUGGGUUAAUAUGAUGAUUGACGCUUCGGAGUUAAAGCUAAUUACCGAA